AGACGUUAAAACCUGUGGAUUUCGGAGCGAUAUUGUUAUUUUCGGAUAAACAUGUACAUCAAGUGCGCGUUGGUUUUGUGUGCUGCUGUGGCAGCUCACGGAUUCAACUUGGGACCGACGGAUGUUGAAUUCCAUCUCUACACCAGGACUAACCCAACUGUGAGCCAGCCUGUCACCCCGUCGCUCAAUUCUUUUCUAACGACCAACUUCUUGCCUUCGCGCCGCACCUUCCUUACAAUUCAUAGCAAUGGGGAAGGAGUUGCCGGAAACUUCAACGCCUUUGUGGUUGGAGGUUUACUGACAUCUGCGGACGUUAACGUGAUCGCCGUAGACUGGAGCCGCGCCUCUCUGCUCUAUACGUUAGGUCUGGCCAACGCGUCCCAGGCCGGAGCAAUGAUCGCAGAGAUCAUCAACGUCCUCAUUCUCAAUUUUGGCUACUCGGCCAACAUGGUCACCAUCGUUGGAGUUGGGCUCGGGGGCCAUCUCGCUGGUAUCACCGCACGAGCUAUCAGCGGAGAUGUUGCUCAUAUUGUUGCGAUCGAUCCCUCCUUCCACGGCUGGACUCACCAUCCCGACAUCCUCAAGGCUGACGACGCUGGCGCAGUGGAGGUCCUCCACGCCACCGCCGGAAUCCAGGGCUACGACUACCCUCUGGGUACCAUCGACUUCUACCCCAACGGUGGAACGUACCAGAACGGCUGCGGUGCGGACGUCUCAUGUGGUCAAAUUUACGCAUACGCGUUCUAUGCUGAGUCUCUUGCCGCAGAGUUGAACACAAACACUAACAACCAGUUUGUGGGUACUGCUUGCGAAAGCUACGAACAAGCUAUUGCAAAUAGCUGCUCUGGCGCAAGAGAUGUCACUUUCGGAGGCACUGCUGUCAAAACCAGCGAAUCUGGAAUCUACACUUUCAACACCAACGCCGUUCAGCCGUUUGCCCAGGGUUAAAAGGUUACUUAUUAUUAAAAAAAUUGUUAAAA